GGCUCAGCUGGAUCAGAGCCACAGACCAGGCUUGGCCUCUGCCUGCAGUGGCCCCUACUCCUCCAGCCUCACCCAGCACCAUGAGCGGCCGAGUUGGAGACCUGAGCCCCAAGCAGGCAGAGACCCUAGCCAAGUUCCGAGAGAAUGUUCAGGACGUGUUGCCUGCCCUGCCCAACCCUGAUGACUAUUUCCUUCUGCGCUGGCUCCGAGCUCGGAAUUUUGACCUGCAGAAAUCAGAGGCCAUGCUCCGCAAGUACAUGGAGUUCCGGAAGACCAUGGAUAUUGACCACAUCCUUGACUGGCAACCCCCAGAGGUGAUCCAGAAAUACAUGCCUGGGGGCUUGUGUGGUUAUGACCGUGAUGGUUGCCCUGUGUGGUAUGACAUCAUUGGGCCUCUGGACCCCAAGGGCCUGCUCUUCUCAGUCACCAAGCAGGACCUGCUCAAGACCAAGAUGAGGGACUGUGAACGCAUCCUGCAUGAAUGUGACCUGCAGACAGAGCGGCUGGGGAAGAAGAUCAAUACCAUUGUGAUGAUAUUUGACUGCGAGGGCCUGGGGUUGAAGCACUUCUGGAAACCUCUGGUGGAAGUAUACCAGGAGUUCUUUUGCCUCCUUGAAGAGAAUUAUCCAGAGACCCUGAAGUUCAUGCUCAUUGUGAAAGCCACCAAACUGUUCCCUGUGGGCUACAACCUCAUGAAGCCCUUUCUAAGUGAAGACACUCGCAGAAAAAUUAUAGUGUUGGGAAACAACUGGAAAGAAGGUUUGCUGAAACUCAUCAGCCCUGAAGAAUUGCCUGUCCAGUUUGGGGGGACCCUGACUGACCCAGAUGGGAAUCCCAAAUGUUUAACUAAGAUCAACUAUGGUGGGGAGAUCCCCAAGUCCAUGUACGUGAGGGACCAGGUAAAGACUCAGUAUGAACACUCAGUGCAGAUCAGCCGUGGCUCCUCACACCAGGUGGAGUAUGAGAUCCUGUUUCCAGGCUGUGUUCUCAGGUGGCAGUUCUCAUCUGAUGGUGCAGACAUCGGCUUCGGGGUUUUCCUGAAGACCAAGAUGGGGGAGCGGCAGAAGGCAGCAGAGAUGACGGAGGUGCUGCCCAGCCAGCGCUACAAUGCGCACAUGGUGCCUGAGGAUGGGAGCCUCACUUGCUCAGAAGCUGGCGUCUAUGUCCUGCGCUUUGACAACACCUAUAGCUUUGUCCACACCAAGAAGAUCAGCUUCACAGUGGAGGUACUGCUCCCGGACGAGGGCAUGCAGAAAUACGACAAGGAGCUCACCCCUGUCUAGGCAACUGCCUCACUUCUCAGACAUCUCUGACCCUCUGAUUUCUCUAUAUAUAUUCUACCCUCCCAUUAGAAACUGAUAAUUAGUUCUCCUGAUUCUGACAUGAAUGAGUAGAGAAGGGGCUACUUUGGGGAAGACUCUUAUGCUGUGGUCAGAUCAGGACAGGUAUGAGAGGCACAGCCUUGGAGGAUUCCACUGUUGCAGAAGAGGAAGAAUCAAGGUAUAAGCAAGACAUAGAUAUCACUGAAACCCAAGAAAUAGGAAAAUAAAUCUCCUACUCUUUGCCCUCACUUCUCCUGAGGUGCUUGAAUUCGUUCCCUAAGAACUAUGAGCAAUUUGGGAUGGAGACAUAUCUAACUUUUUUUUUUUACUUCUACUUCUUAUAGAGUAGAAAUACAUGAGGAGUAAAACUUGAGAAGUUGAAUGGAGGUAGGGAGCAGGUGAUCAUGGAUGUGCAUGAUAGUAAGGAGCCUACCAGGGCAGAUUUCAGCACCU